CCUAAUGAAGGGGGCGUGUCUACUUUCAUUUUGAAUAGUUAGUACUACAGUACCUUGGAUCAAAGUGCAGCCGACAAAAUGCCUGGAAAAAUGGAAGGUAAAGUUUGCGUAUGUACCGCAUCAGCUCAAGGUAUAGGAAAAGCUGUAGCAUUGGCAUUUGCAAGAGAAGGAGCACAGGUGAUCGCCACAGACAUUAAUGAAGAAAAACUAAAAGAACUGGCAGCCGAAUCGACCAAUAUAACAGUACAAGUUUUAGAUGUAACAAAAUCUGAUGCUGUGAAGGCGUUUGCGGAGAAGAUAGAUAAAAUUGAUGUGUUAUUUAACUGUGCUGGGUUUGUUCAUAAUGGAACUAUACUAGAAACCUCAGAAGAGCAAUAUGAUUUUUCUUUUGAUCUUAAUGUCAAAAGCGUAUACAGAAUGUGUACACAAUUUAUACCAAAGAUGAGAAGUUCCAAGAAAGGAAGUAUAGUCAGUAUUUCCUCUGUUGCCUCUAGUAUCAAAGGUGCUCCUAACAGAUGUAUAUAUGGUGCUACAAAGGCAGCUAUCAUAGGAAUGUCGAAAGCAAUGGCUUCAGACUUUAUCAAAGAUGGCAUCAGAGUAAACUGUGUUUGUCCAGGUACCAUCUUUACUCCAUCAUUAGAUUCAAGAAUAAGAGAUCUUCCAGAUUAUGACGAGGCUAUAAAAGGAUUUAUGGCAAGGCAGCCUAUUGGCCGGUUUGGAACUGCAGAAGAAGUAGCUAAUUUAGUGUUGUUUUUAGCAUCAGAUGAGGCCUCGUAUGUAACUGGCCAAGAAUUUGUUGUUGAUGGUGGAUGGAGUAUGUAAUGGAAGGUGUUGUGAUGGACCCAAGAAAAUCCUUAAAUACAAGAAAAACAUUUGAUAACCAAAUAAUCAGUACAAAUUAUAUUUUAAUUAAUUUUUUUCGAAUUUGUUUUUUAAGGGGUAACCAAAUUGCCACGAAAAACAAAUAUUUUACAUACUAUCAAGGUUAAUAUUGUAAAACAUGUUGAGAAUAUUGAUAAUAACUAUAAUAUUUAUCACAAAAGUUGAGAGAUCAUUUUGUUCUUCCAAAAAAAUUAGAUUGUCCAGGUAACUGAUGUAUUUUCAAAGUCAACUUGUCUAUUUAUUUUUUUAUAUGAAACGUAUUUUUCUCAUUGUAUUAUUAUAUGUUUCAUGUCCGUCAUUGAUAAUUCACAAGUUUUGAAAAAUUGCCCGUGUUAAAAUGUAAACUAUACAUUUUUUUUUAAAUACUUUGAAUUCGGUUUUCUCGGAGUUCGAUAUGUUUGUUAUUUUACUUUUUGUUAGUUUUCAGCAUUAUUAAAUCUUACAAACAUUUAUAUAUGUUCAUAUUACAAUUGAUAUUUUGUUAAGUUUGAUAUAUACAAUAUAAACAUGAUAAACUAUGGUUAUAUUUCAUGUAUUUGUCAUCAUUUUACAAUCUUUUAACUUGUAAAAGGAAAAUGACUUGACAAUGCAUGUACAUUUGUAUACAUUUAUUUUGUUGUUACGUGAUUCAUUUGGUUGCCAAGGAACAAACUCUCAAUUUAAAGGAGAAAGUAAACAAAUAAUUAUGUGAAGUUGAAUAUUUAAUUUGAACAAAGAGUAUAUAUGUUCUAAAGUAGGCUGUAUUGUGUAUGAUUGUUUUUGAUGUCAAACUUCUGAAAUUGUCGCAAGCAUUUAUUUAUAUUUACUUAACUUUAUGCCAAAUUAAAAUGAUUAUCAGAUGUACUUUGGUGUUAUAAUUUGACUGAAUAAAAUGAUAUAAACAGA